AUGGCACUGAGUACCUGGUUACUGGUAGCGUGGACAACACAACCAAAAUAUGGAGCUGUUUUAGCUUCAAGUGGACUGGAUGGUAACAUCAGAUUGUGGGAUCUUGAAAGUGGCUCCUUCAUAAAGAGCAUUGACAGAGGACCAAUGGACGUGUGGACUGUUGUUUUCACACCUGAUGGCCGUUACCUAGCAACCGGUAGUCAUGGCGGCAAGAUUAAUCUGUACGAGAUUGAAAGAUAUAUUACUAAUUCAAGUAUUAGUGUAUUGAACAACACUGCAGUUGAGAUACACUGGACCAAACCACACAAUGGGCAGAGUGUACCAGUUCAGUAUAACAUUACAAUAGGGAGUAGGACAGUCAGUGUCAUUGGAAGUGAAUACAAUGCUAUCAUUAGCAAUCUAAGUCCUGGUAUACUGUACUCAUAUCAGAUUGUUGUUAGUAAUAUUUUUGGUCCAGGACUGCCACAGACUUCCAAUCAUUUCUUCACUGCUGAACUAGCUCCAGUUGGUGCUGUUACCAUACAGAGUGUUGAGCGGGUCAAUGAUUACACUGUCCAGCUGGUGUGGAGUCCAUUAGCAUUGACUGAGGCUCGUGGUAUCAUUAACAAUUAUAAUAUAAAUAUAUUAUCAUAUGUUAAUGGUACCUGUGGGAUUGAACCAGUAGCAACAAGCUCAGCACCAGCUAAUAAUAAUGAUGCUAACAGUAAUAUUAAUCAUACCAUAGCAACAAGAGGUGGUGUGAUGGUUCCUUCACUGAUGUACUGUCUGACAAUAACUGCUAACAACUCCAUUGGAACUGGACCCAAUAGUAGCCCUGUCAUCAUUAAUGUUACAAGUUUCGAAAGGAUACAGUUAAUAAUUAAUUUAUUAAACACAGAUACAUGUGACAGUUGGAGUGAAAGUAACAAAUUCAUUAAAAUACAAGAUAUCAUUAACGCUGUCACCAUGGCAAUACAGGAGCGUUGCCAUGACUACCAGUUUUCAUCAGAAUACAUUAACAACGGAAGGUUUGCAUGUACCAGGGAAGAGGGUGUGGUCCUAUUCUCCGCUAACCUAUACUCCACCAGUAUCAGUACAUACCUACAGCUAAUGGAGGAAUGGUUGUCAGCUGGUAAUGCAACUUUGAAUGUGAACGGGCAAAUAUUUAAAAUGGACACAACAUGCAACGAUGAGAGGCAGUUUGGAUUCAAUGGACAAUUCUGUAUAAUCAAUAAUGAUGAUAAUAAUAACCUAAUAAUUACCAUUAGUUCAGGAGCAGGUGGAACAAUAUUGAUUAUUAUUAUAUUAAUUAUUGUGUUCAUUAUCAGUGGAUACUGCUUCUAUAAGAAGAAAAGGUUAUUACCCCAUAAAAGUAACAGACUUGAUAUUGACAUGAAAAAAAUAGAAGAAAAAGAUGAUGACGACAUCAAAAUAACAACAUUAUACUAAUAUUUAUUAAUGUAUUAUAAUUUAUUAUUACUAAUUCUUAAUUGUCCAUUCUUUUAUUAGUAUUUUUCUGACAUUAUUAACACAA